AUGUUAUGCUACGCCAUCCUCCUCCUGGCCUCGAACGCACUGUGUCAAACAUUCGACUACAUCGUCGUUGGCGGCGGGACAUCAGGACUCCCACUCGCCGCACGCCUAGCCCAGCACCAUACAGUCGCUCUUAUCGAGGCUGGAGGUUACUAUGAGGUUGAGUAUCCACUGGCCAAAACACCAGCCGCAGAUGUCCUGCCUGUUGGGUCAGACCCUGGUGUGAAGAAUAUUCCCGUAGACUGGGAAUUCAUCACCACGCCACAGCGAGGUGCAAAUGGCCGGCGGGUCCAUUUCUCUAGGGGAAAGUGUCUGGGUGGAUCCUCUGCUCUUAACUUCAUGAUAUACCUACGGCCGACUCGACAGACGAUGGACAAGUGGGCAGAGGCCGUGAACGACACCAGCUAUACCUUCAAUAACAUCCUCCCGUACUACCAGCGCAGCGCCAACUUCACGCCCCCGAAUACAGCCAAGAGGUUCCCAAAUGCGACUGUACUGUACAAUGCUAGUGCAUUUACCUCUGACGGCGGCCCACUGCAGGUAUCCUACUCCAAUUACGCAAUGCCGUGGUCAACCUGGGUAGCUCGGGGCAUGGAAGGUAUUGGAAUGACAGAGGCUGCAGACUUCAACAGCGGCCAACUCAACGGAUACCAGUACUGCACGUCCACGAUCCGUCCAAACGACCAGACCCGGAGUACAUCAGAGUCUUCGUUCAUCGCGAGGUCGGCCCCGAAGAACCUCAAAGUGUAUAAGAAGACUCUGGCAAAGCGGAUACUGUUCGACAGCAAUAAAAACGCCAUUGGGGUCCAAGUAAGUCCAUCGCGAACUCUGAUGGCCUCGAAAGAAGUGAUCGUAUCAGCAGGCGUUUUUCAAUCUCCGCAGUUGUUGAUGGUGUCGGGAAUAGGCCCUAGGGAGCACUUGCAACAGCACAACAUAACAGUACUGGCUGACCUUCCAGGGGUUGGCCAGAAUAUGCAGGACCAUCCAUUCUUCGGGCCCAGUUACCGCGUGGGAAUCGAAACACUGACACGACCUGCGAACAAUCCACUCUAUCUGGUAGAACAGUAUUUUCGUUGGGCUGUUCUGCACGAAGGUGUCUUCUCUAACCCGGUUGCUGAUUUUCUAGCCUUUGAAAGGAUCCCCGAAGAACUGCGGUCAGGUUUCUCCGAAGACACACGGCGGAAUCUCUCGUGGUUUCCGAAGGACUGGCCAGAGGUCGAGUUAAUGUCAGGAGCAGGCUUCCUUGGGAAUAUUUCCAGCAUGUUCAAAGACCAGCCGAACGAUGGCUACCAAUACGCGUCUAUUCUCGGAGUACUACACGCCACAACCUCUCAAGGUACUGUAACGCUGGCAUCGGCUGACACUUCUGACCCACCCAUUAUCAACCCGAAUUGGCUGGAGACCGAGUCGGAUCAGCAGCUGGCUGUGGCAUUGUUCAAAAGGAUCCGUCAAGCGUUCGCCAGCGAGGAGAUGAAGCCAAUUAUUAUCGGCAAAGAAUACGAGCCGGGCGAGAGUGUUCAGACGGACAGGCAGAUCUUGGAAUGGAUACGCAAUAAUGUCAUGACACUGUGGCAUCCAUCCCGAACAUGCAAAAUGGGCACUAGGGACGACACCAUGGCUGUGGUGGAUAGCAGAGCUCGCGUCUUUGGGGUCAAUCGACUACGGGUAGUUGAUGCCAGUGCACUCCCCUUUCUGCUACCAGGGCACCCCCAGUCUACUUGCUACAUGCUUGCAGAGAAAAUCGCGGACGACAUUAUAAACACUACGGAAGCUGCAAAGGAAGUAUCCAGGCCCGAUCUACGGUGA